AUGAAUGUGGUGUCGAUAACAUCGUUGCUCAGCCUCGGCUGCUUGCUAAUUUCACUUGGUCGAAGCUGGGCCUACAAGGACGAACAAUAUUGCAACAUCUGCAGCAAUCACGUGGCCUGCGGAACCGAGGAUCAACUUCAAGGAAACUGCUUGAAGUACGCCAACGUUAGCCUAACGCUGCUCAAUAAGCACGCGCACGCUAUAAUAUGGCACGUGAAUCAUUUGCGAGAAAAGUUCGCAACUGGGCAUUUGCACGACUUCAACGACACAUAUGGCCCAAUGCACACGGUAACUUGGGACCCGGAAAUGGCAGAUCUAUGCCGGAUGAACCUCAUCAAAUGUAAGUUCUCGCACGACAAGUGUCGCGGUACGUUACGAUUUCCAUACAGUGGGCAAACACUAGCCAAGCUAACCAAGUGCGUUCCGGCGAAUAGAGUAGAAGAUCUCGAGAUACAUCUCCUGCAGCACGUCAUUCUGCACCUGAUCGACCGUUGGUACGAAGAGUACCUGUUGACGAAACCGUCGGACGUUCAGCUCUACUCUAAGAAAUCAUCUGCUCGAAAGUAUCAAAUCGGCCAUUUUCUACAGCUGAUCAAUUGCAACGUUUGCAGCAUGGGCUGCUCGCUACUGUCCUACCGAGAGUACCACAAGAAGGAUAUUUGCGAUACGUACAUUAUGUGCUGCAACUACUCCUACAUCAACAUUGUCGGUCGUCCAAUCUGCAGAGUGAAUAACAAAAAAUCGACUUGUGCCAAGCAUAAGCAGUUCCCUGGUUUGUGCAAGAACUGCUCCUUUUAGUGUCGGAUGUUAGGGUUGUUCGCAAUAAAGGACACAUUGACUAUUAAAAGCACGUCUCAAACGUACGCAGGUAUAGGUUUAAUGAAUUGGUUUUCUUCGACAUUACACAG